AUGGCUGAAGUCGAUCACGAGAUCAAAAUCAUUACGGAUGAACAGGCUCUGGAAGAAAAUCGAGCAGAUUUUGAAAGCAUUGCUUCCUCGAGCACCAGCCUCAGUGGCUCAAUCUUGGACUAUCGAUUCGAAAAUGGGCGAACGUACCAUCGCUACAAAGACGGAAAAUAUGUGAUUCCCAACGAUGAGCAAGAGAAUAAUAGAAUGGAUAUGCAACAUCACAUAUGCCUCAUAACCCUCGGUGGUCGGCUCGGACUAGCACCUCCAUGCCAGCCUGGUGUCAAGGUUGACAGAGUAUUGGAUGUUGGUACGGGCACGGGAAUCUGGGCUAUUCAGUUUGGCGACGAUCAUCCCGAAGCCGAGGCAAGCUCAAAAGUUCUCGGCGUUGAUUUAUCUGCUACGCAGCCAGACAUCGUAGCUACGAAUGUCAAGUUCGAAAUCGACGACAUUGACGAGGAGUGGACGUACACCACCCAGUUCGACUACAUUCACAGUCGCUUCAUGUCGUCAAGCAUCGCAGACUGGAAGGCUUAUCUCACUAAAUGUUUCAAUCACAUCCAACCUGGCGGUUAUCUAGAGUUGCAGGAGCCAGAGAUGGAGUUCCAGUCCGAUGACGGCACAUUUCCUGCCGACUGCCCCUUGGCCAAGUACGGCAACCUCCUCAAGGAGGCCGCGGCCAUCUUUGGGCGAGAGUACGUCUCGGUGUCUUCCUUGAAAACACUGAUGGUCGAUGUGGGCUUCAAGGACGUGACGCUGAGCCGGUACAAGUGGCCCAUCAAUACCUGGCCCAAAGAUCCUUCGUUCAAGGAACUGGGCGCAUGGGGCUUUGAGAAUAGCAACGCCGGUCUCGAGGCUAUCUCUAUUGCGCCUCUGACGCGCGCCCACAAGUGGACUAGGGAGGAGGUGAAUGUCUUUUUGGCUGAAGUCCGGAAGAACCUGGCUAACAAGAACUACCAUACUUACGUCCCCAUGUAUUUUGUCGUUGGACGGAAGCCAGAAUCGAAGGAAGAAUAG